AUGGCUCUCUAUCUUUGCCUCCCUCUGCUGGUCGGGCUCCUGCAUCCAGCUCUGUGUCUCUACAACUGCUCCGCUCAGUACAAAAGAAUCCCAGACAAUUCAGACCUGACAGUCGUCUGUGGCUCCAGAACCAUCACUUUGGAGAUCAACCUGUGCACAGCUCAGUGGGCAGGCUUCAACACCACAGACCUCGCUCUGAACGGGAACCACCAGGCUUCAGAGUGCCAAGGCUCCAUGGACAACAGUGUGGACCCUCCGGUCAUCCGUUACCAGCUCCCCGUUAACAACAGUCAGGGGAAUCCCUGCCGCCAAUCUCUGCAGAUUGUGGAUGAGGCCCUGGACGCCGGAGGUCCAUUCAGUGGCUUCUCAAAUAUCCAGGCAGUUAUCAUCACCGGGUUCAUUGACACACCCAGAGCCGACCAGGGGUUGAUCAGCUACUCCACAGACCUCUACUAUCACUUCUCCUGCCGCUACCCGCUGGAGUACCUGAUCAACAACACACAGAUUGUGGCCUCCUCAGUUUCAGUGGCCACGAGCGAAAACAAUGGAACGUUCAUUGAUACGCUCAAAAUGAGCGUCUAUAAUGACUCAGACUAUGCCUACCCGUUAGUGGUGCCAUCCACAGGACUCGAACUACGCACCAAGAUCUACGUAGAGGUCCGGGCUCUUAACCUCACAGGAAAUUUCCAUGUACUGCUGGAUCACUGCUUUGGCACUCCCACUGCUUACAACGUGUCGCAGACUGAGCAGCACAACUUCUUCACAGGGUGUUCAGUGGACCCAAGGACGUCUGUCACAACCAAUGGACUUUCAAAAGUUGCCAGGUUUAACUUUGAGGCCUUCCGCUUUGUUCAGCACCGCAGCCAGGAAGUGUCCAGCAUCUAUCUGCACUGCAUAAUGAGGCUGUGUGAGCCCAGCAAAUGUCAAAACCUCCUGUCUGCCUGUGGUAAUAGAAGAAAGCGCUCUGUGAGUCCUUUCGGAGAAGAAAGCAGCGAAUCUGCCACUGUUACAGUUGGGCCGCUUUACACUGCUGCCGUAGAAGACAGGCCAAAUGCAGCUGCUUACAGUAAUGACGUGGCAUCACAGAGGGACGAUGCGAACGUGGCGGCUCUGGUCGUGGGCUUGGUGUUCGGCUCGGCUGCUGCUGCUCUGCUGGUUCUGGCUGGCUGGUUCGCCCUGAAGAAGUUUUAUUGGGCGGGAGGAUUGCCCCAUGCCUUUAAGUGAUCGGUCAAUUGGCCAAUUAGCUUUGCUCAUGGCAUAUUAUAAGUGUAUGUUGUUUAUUAUAUGUCUAUUGGGAGAAGGUGAAAUUGGAUGUUGUUGUGAUUUGUCAGUAAUACUUAAAUAUACUAAUCACCGAACCAUUUAUUAUACACUCUAAACACUUCUGUGUACUUGCUGCAUCUGCAAUUGACAAUCGUUUAUUGAGUAUGAUGGUAUAUAACAGUCACACCUGAACUAUAUAAAUAAAACGACACGUUAACUUAAAAAACAAUCAUUUUAAUAAACAGUUGUAUACACAUAUGUAUAUUUUUGAAUAGAAUGCACAUACUGUAUACUCUGCGGUAUAUAAGGCAGAUUUGUUUUUUACAUAUUCAAAAUAAAGUUUGAAAUCUGAUUGGUUGAUAUUACAUGCACGGUAAACAAAGAACAUAACAAUGAAUAUUUACAGGCUCCUUAUUUUGCGGGUACAAUAGCAAACAGUAGACCAAAUGUACGGAUCUGAAUCAAAUGAUACACUUUAAUAGGACUGCAGAGCAGUUAAUUGUUGGUUUUGUGCAAAAA